CUAAACAUUCUCGAAAUAACUCAAAGAAUGCGGUGCAGGAUUUUGGUGCUGUGUGCAAUCAUUUGCCUCCUUGUAAUUUUGACCGAGGCCAGACAGAGGAAAGCUAAACAUUCCGCUGAUAGAAGAUCACUGGCAGUGAGAAGUGGACACAGGAGCCAGCGGAGUAGUGUUCGUCAAGGAAGGAGAUUGGCUGCCCGAUCUGGGAAGCACAGGAAACGCAGGCUAAAUGCGGCCAAGAAAAACAGGAGAAGGCGUAACUUGGCUAGAAAGUCAAAGCGGAAGACUAAGGCCAAAACUGAGUCAAACGCCAGAAGUGGUGCAACAUACGCUAUUUUACCAUUGGAUUUCCAGCAGAAUUUCGUGCGAACCACCGACAACCUGCGAUCGGAGAAGGCCUUUUUGGCCAGUCGAUAUGGCUUUAGUUUUGCCAAGACUUCUGGCACUGCCACCUUGAAAAACACGGCGAAUAUGGAGUACACCUGCAAAAUGAAUAUUGGUACACCCAAGCAGAAGUUCACCGUGCUGCCGGACACUGGAAGCUCGAAUAUCUGGGUGCCAGGACCGCAUUGCAAGAGUAAGGCGUGCCAGAAGCACAAAAAAUACCAUCCGGCCAAGUCUAGUACUUAUGUUAAGAAUGGCAAAUCCUUUGCCAUCACCUAUGGCUCGGGUAGUGUGGCUGGAGUUCUGGCCAAGGAUACGGUGAGAAUCGCUGGGCUGACUGUCGCCAAUCAGACAUUCGCCAUGACUACCAAGGAACCGGGAACUACAUUCGUGACAUCCAAUUUCGAUGGCAUACUGGGACUGGGAUAUCGUUCCAUAUCGGUGGACAAUGUCAAGACGCUGGUGGAGAACAUGUGCUCGGAGGACGUGAUCACCAGUUGUAAGUUCGCCAUUUGCAUGAAGGGCGGCGGCAGUUCCUCGCGAGGCGGUGCCCUAAUCUUCGGCAGCUCCAACACCAGUGCGUACAGCGGUUCCAAUAGCUACACUUACACUCCGGUGACGACGAAGGGAUAUUGGCAGUUUACACUGCAGGACAUUUAUGUGGGCAGCACCAAAGUGAGUGGCUCUGUGCAGGCCAUUGUGGAUUCGGGAACAUCCCUGAUCACAGCUCCGACGGCCAUCUACAACAAGAUCAACAAGGUCAUUGGAUGCACCGCCACCUCCAGCGGAGAGUGUUGGAUGAAGUGCGCCAAGAAAAUACCCGACUUCACCUUUGUCAUUGCGGGCAAGAAGUUCGUCGUGAAGGGAAACAAGAUGAAGGUCAAGGUGAAAACCAACAGAGGGAAGACAGUCUGCAUAUCGGCGGUAUCUGAAGUUCCCGACGAACCGGUGAUCCUGGGCGAUGCAUUUAUCCGGCAUUUUUGCACGGUAUUCGACUUGGCCAACAAUCGCAUCGGAUUCGCCGCCACUACGUACGCCACAUAGACUUAAAUGUAUUACCUAUAAUGCAGCUGAUCUCGCACAGACGAUCAUUUGAAAUUUAAGUACACCUGUUACUUACAACUCUCUACUCCUAUGUACCUUGCAACAUACUUUCAAAACAUUUACUUAAACUGUUGUAAGUUAAGCUUUAAGUUUAGUAUUUUUUAUCUUGUAACGUUUUCUUAAAUACAAAUAUCUAAACUUCCAAA